AAAUGAAGUUGAUGUCUGCCAAAAUGAGCUGAAAAAAAUGAAAUACGAAAAUGGAAUUUCUGAAUCGAGGCUUGCAAAAGAGCUAAAGGAGAAGGAGGAAUCACUGUUAAUCUGUCAGCAAGUAUGCAAGCGUUUGCAGGAAGAAGUGGCUGAGAAAGAGAGGAAGGAAGAAGAGCUGAAGAGAAAAACAAGUCGAACAGACAGUGAAAUAGAAACACUUAAAUCUCUCCUCAGACAGGCGGAGGAAGAGGUGGAGAUGCUGAAACAAGACAGGGAGUUAAUGCUGAUUUCUCAUCAGAACAGAACAGAGCAGCUGCAGGAAGCGUUAAGGCAGAAGCUGCAGAGCGAGGAUGACCGGAGGGCAAAGCUGGAACUGGACCUGGCUAAAGGUGAAGCACAACACAAAGAAGCUAUCCUUAAAGUCAAGGAAGAAGCGAGAACGGAACUUGAAACUGAGAGACAAAAAUACCAAGAAAUGAUAGCAAAAUAUCAGAGGGAUCAAGAAGAGCUCCAGAAGAAGAUACCUGAAUUAAUAUCCAGUGCCAUCAAUAACCUAAGGAGGGAAGUGGAAAUUCUUGAAAAGAAGCUGCAGGAUGCCCAGGUCAAACUUGCAGAGAAAGAGGAAGAUAAGGAAAAAGAUACUCAGAGCCUUAAGGGACUAAUUACUGAGCUUGAAUUUCAGCUGAAGAUGGAAAAGAACAAUAAUGAAUCAUUUUUGGAUAGUAUGAGGAAAGAAAUCAAACAGAAGUCAGAUGAACUGGAAAAAAUAACACAGGAGCGAACACAGCUGAUUCACAAUUUGAGUCAAGUUCAAGAGGAGAACACUCUUCUCCAGGAAACGGUGCGCAGAGAGUGUGAGGAACGCUAUGAGCUGACCGGCGCGCUGACUCAAGCCAGGGAACAAGUACUGGAACUGAAAAAGCUCAGUGGAAACUUCCCGUUAUCGCCGUGUUCCCUUACCCAGGGCAGCCUAACCUCCUGCGCCGCUCUGGUCGAUGGCUACGGGCGGCGGCAGCGUGGCUCUGCCGCGCGUCCCCGCGCCGCGCGGGACGGCCUCCUCGCUCAGCGAGCCCAGGAGCGGCGUCGCCGCCGUUAUUCGAAGGCAGCUGAGCCAGCUCUGAGCGCGCGGGACGGCGAGGACGUGGGAGCCUCCCGGGCCGUCACGGACCAGGCACCGGGCAGCUCUGGGGCCUCAUCUUACCAAAUGCAAUGCGGGCGUUUCUGCAACUCGAUUUGA